AGUGGAAGGAGCAUAUGUCGGGGCAGGAGGCGCCGUCCUCUGCCAAGGUGAUUGCUGAGACGUCUCACAGCAAAGGGAUUCUCAUGUGGGGUUUGUCCCGCCCUCGCCUGCUCUCACAGUCUUUCGAGCAGAGUGGAAGGAGCAUAUGUCGGGGCAGGAGGGGCCGUCCUCUGCCAAGAGUGGAAGGAGCAUAUGUCGGGGCAGGAGGCGCCGUCCUCUGCCAAGAGUGGAAGGAGCAUAUGUCGGGGCAGAAAGGGCCGUCCUCUGCCAAGGUGAUUGCUGAGACGUCUCACAGCAAAGGUAUUCUCAUGUGGGUUUGUCCCGCCCUCGCCUGCUCUCACAGUCUUUCGAGCAGAGUGGAAGGAGCAUAUGUCGGGGCAGAAAGGGCCGUCCUCUGCCAAGAGUGGAAGGAGCAUAUGUCGGGGCAGGAGGCGCCGUCCUCUGCCAAGGUGAUUGCUGAGACGUCUCACAGCAAAGGGAUUCUCAUGUGGGGUUUGUCCCGCCCUCGCCUGCUCUCACAGUCUUUUCGAGCAGAGUGGAAGGAGCAUAUGUCGGGGCAGGAGGCGCUGUCCUCUGCCAAGGUGAUUGCUGAGACGUCUCACAGCAAAGGGAUUCUCAUGUGGGGUUUGUCCCGCCCUCGCCUGCUCUCACAGUCUUUCGAGCAGAGUGGAAGGAGCAUAU